AUGCGUUAUUUCAAGUUAUGUGUGAAAUUGAAUCAUCAUUUUCUUAUAAUUUUAUUAUUGUUAUAUGGAAUUGAUUCUCAAGGAUUUUUAAACUGGCUUUUUCCGAACUUGAAAGAUCCCCCUAAAAUUGAAGAAAAAGCUCCAAAAUUCAAAUACAAAGGUUGUGGUGUAGCAACCAGCAAGCAGACAGCCCAGCGAAGAAUCGUUGGCGGUGACGACGCUGGCUUCGGGACGUUCCCAUGGCAAGCGUAUAUUCGAAUCGGAUCCUCCAGGUGCAACAUGCUUAUGUCCAUUUUCGAGCUAAUUGGUUGGAAACAAUGUUGGAUAGAGAGAUGUGGCGGUUCCCUAAUAUCACGUCGUCACGUGGUAACGGCGGGUCACUGUGUUGCGCGGGCGCAACCGCGUCACGUGCGAGUGACAUUAGGAGAUUACGUUAUCAACUCAGCGGCAGAGCCCUUGCCCGCUUAUACCUUUGGAGUCAGGACUAUUAAGGUGCACCCACUGUUCAAGUUUACUCCUCAAGCGGACCGAUUUGAUGUCGCAGUACUCACAUUGGACAGAAAUGUUCAUUACAUGCCUCAUAUUGCCCCAAUAUGCCUACCUGAAAGAGGCUCUGACUUUCUGGGUCAGUACGGCUGGGCGGCCGGCUGGGGAGCCCUUAGUCCCGGCUCGAGGCUUCGCCCCCGGACCUUGCAGGCUGUUGACGUUCCUGUACUAGAUAAUAGAGUUUGUGAACGCUGGCACAGAGCUAAUGGUAUAAACGUAGUAAUAUACCCAGAAAUGCUUUGCGCGGGAUACCGUGGAGGGGGAAAAGACAGCUGUCAAGGUGACAGCGGCGGGCCAUUGAUGUUAGAACGCGCGGGAAGAUGGUAUUUAAUUGGCGUGGUUUCCGCCGGAUAUUCUUGCGCGAGUCGCGGUCAACCUGGAAUUUACCACAGAGUAGCGCACACUGUAGAUUGGAUAUCACACGCCACUACGCUGGCGUAG